AUGACAGCUGUAGUGUUCUCAGCUCCUGCAAGCAAGUGUUCAUCUCAAGGACAAAACACCAUAUUAAAGCUUCCCGGUGAGGUGAAGUGGUUGAAGUUCAACUUCAGGAAUGACGGCUUCUACAUAGUGCAUUAUGAUAUGGAGGGGUGGAAGGCCUUGAUUGAUGCUUUGAAUGGGGACAUAAAUGUCCUCCCCUGUGAAGACAGAGCAGCUCUCAUCAAUAAUAUCUUUGCUCUCUCCAGAUUGGGAAGGGUGUCCUUCAGGCAGGUCUUAAACCUAAUGGAUUACAUCAGAAACGAGAACGAGACAGCUCCUCUGACUGAAGCUCUCUUCCAGCUUGAUCAGAUUUACAGAUUGCUGGACAAAAGAUCAGAAUUGAACUUGGUGUCUAGAAUGACGAGUUACAUCGACUCCCAUUUUGGAAGUUUGAUGGAGAGUCAGUCAUGGGAACUGGAAACUUCUGUGUCGAAGAUAACGCUUCGGUCCGCCCUGCUGGAGAUGGCAUGUUCCCUCAAUAGACUCAACUGCACAACACAGGCCAAACAUCUAUUUGAUCAGUGGGUCCAUUCCAACAAGACUUCUCCGAUCCCAGUGAUCUCAUGAGAACAGUCUUCAAAGUUGCUGCCCAAACAGAUGACGG